GUGCAAUGCGCACAUCGGAACUAUGUGCCAGUAGAACCAGCCAAUAAUCGUUCCGAGGGGGACCUUGCUGUGAAAUACACAACAAUGCAAAUUUCCUGUUGAUUGGAAUUGUAUGGAAUGUCUAAAGAAAUCGUAGCUUGCGAUUCUGCAAGGUAGCUUUUGAAAUAUUGGCGAUCUGUCACUUUGCUAGACGUUCGAAUGGAAAUAUAAGGUAAAUAUUUGUUUUCGACCUGCAUCGUUUCUUGAUCCAGUAACGAUAGCAUUUCUCCAUGGAAAAGAUUUGUGGUUAGCUAACCUAGCCAGCCCGCGUUAGCUCUAGCGGGAAGCGGUUAGCUAACGUUAGCUGCUUUCCUGAAAGUUGGCUAGAGUAGGUAGCUUGCUAAAUGCUAACAUUUGAUGUCUGCGAGAUAUCUUUUUCGUUUUUAGAAUGAAAUGCAGUCUGCUAGUUACAUAACCCUCUAAAUAUAAUAACUAGCUAGCUAGUAAGCGUCAGUUUUUCCAAGCUUAGUUUGUGGCUUUGUCUAACAGUAGCUUGUUUAGCUAGCUAGUUUGUUGGCUACAGUAGCUAGAUUUCAAUCUCAUCUGUAUCAACAGUACCUAGCUAUUAGCCUAUCGGCCUACUAGUUGGUCAGCUAUCUACCAAGGCGUUAAGAAUUGGGUACACAUUUUUCUAGCUAGUUGUCUUAACUAGUCAUUACUUGCAUAUCACGGUAACCUCAAUAUGGAAAACGCAUUGCUUUCCCCCCUGUAUGUUACACUAGUAGUGGCUUGUGUGCUCUAACAUCCCUCCCUAUAAUAAAUUGGAACUUAUCUCUACCUUGUUGUUCCACUCACAAAGGUUGGCAAAAAGUUGUGGGACCAAAGGUUGUUUUUCUUGUGCAUGGACGGAAAGCCAAUGCGCAGGUAUGUGAUGACCAGAGUUAUUUUUUGUGUGGCUUGAAUGUUUUUUUGUAAUUUUUUUGUUAAAAAUACAUUUUCAUCCUUUGACAUCCAAUGACAAUUGUGUCCUGGUUUAGUUAAUAAUUCUUCAUGACAAAUUACAGAAAUGUCAGUGUUUUUUAAAAUGAUUUAUUAUGUAGGCUAGGUUUGUUGUAAAUUGUAAAAUCAACAUGUAUAAGUAAUGUAAUAUGAUCGAAAUGAAUGGGGGUUGAGUUCUGUAUGCUUCUAUUAUAUAAGUGGAGUAGUUGUCCUCACCUAUGACUUGGAAAUGACCUCAAAGUUCUCGUUUGAAUAUUUGCUACUACCACCAAGAUCCCCGCGAUAUGCAACUUUUCAGGGAAGUCAGGAACCAAUAUACACAAUCAGUUAGGAAAGCAAAGGCUAGCUUUUUCAAACAGAAAUUUGCAUCCUGUAGCAAAUUCCAAAAAGUUUUGGGACACUGUAAAGUCCAUGGAAAAUAAGAGCACCUCCUCCCAACUGCCCACUACACUGAGGCUAGGAAACACUAUCACCACUGAUAAAUCUACAAUAAUCGAGAAUCGACAAUAAAGGGUCAUCGCCCUCUUCAAAGGGGGUGACACUCUAGAUCCAAACUGUUACAGACCUAUAUCCAUCCUGCCCUGCCUUUCGAAAGUUUUUGAAAGCCAAGUUAACAAACAGAUCACCGACCAUUUCAAAUCCCACCGUACCUUCUCCGCUAUGCAAUCCGGUUUCCGAGCUGGUCAUGGGUGCACCUCAGCCACGCUCAAGGUCCUAAACGAUAUUAUAACCGCAAACGAUAAAAGACAGUACUGCGCAGCCGUCUUCAUCGACCUGGCCAAGGCUUUCAACUCUGUCAACCACCGCAUUCUUAUUGGCAGACUAAAUAGCCUUGGUUUCUCUAAUGACUGCCUCGCCUGGUUCACCAACUACUUCUCAGAUAGAGUUCAAUGUGUCAAAUCGGAGGGCCUGUUGUCUGGACCUCUGGCCGUCUCUAUGGGGGUGCCACAGGGUUCAAUUCUCGGGCCGACUCUAUUCUCUGUGUAUAUCAAUGAUGUCGCUCUUGCUGCUGGUGACGCUCGGAUCCACCUCUAUGCGGACGACACCAUUUUGUAUACAUCUGGCCCUUCAUUGGACACUGUGUUAACAAACCUCCAAACGAGCUUCAAUGCCAUACAACACUCCUUCCGUAGCCUCCAACUGCUCUUAAACACUAGUAAAACUAAAUGCAUGCUCUUCAACCGAACGCUGCUGGCACCCGCCCACCCGACUUGAAUCACUACUCUCGGCGGGUCUGACCUAGAGUAUGUGGACAACUACAAAUACCUAGGUGUCUGGUUAGACUGUAAACUCUCCUUCCAGACUCACAUUAAGAAUCUCCAAUCCAAAGUUAAAUCUAGAAUCGGUUUCCUAUUUCGCAACAAAGCCUCCUUCACUCAUGCUGCCAAACAUGCCCUCGUAAAACUGACUAUCCUACCGAUCCUUGACUUCGGCGAUGUCAUUUACAAAAUAGCCUCCAAAACUCUACUUGGAUGUAGUCUAUCACAGUGCCAUCCGUUUUGUCACCAAAGCCAAAACGGCUAUAAUACCCACCAAACCCACUGGCUCCAGGCCAUCUAUAAAUCACUGCUAGCCAAAUCCCCAUCUUAUCUUAGCUCACUGGUCACCAUAGCAACACCCACCCGUAGUAUGUGCUCCAGCAGGUAUAUCUCACUGGUCAUCCCCAAAGCCAACACCUCCUUUGGCCGCCAUUCCUUCCAGUUCUCUGCUGCCAAUGACUGGAACGAACUGCAAAAAUCUCUGAAGCUGGAGACUCUUAUCUCCCUCACUAACUUUAAGCGUCAGUUGUCAGAGCAGCUUACCGAUCACUGCACCUGUACACAGCCAUUCUGAAAUUAGCCCACCCACCCAACUACCUCAUCCCCAUAUUGUUAUUUAUUUUGCUAAUUUGCACCCCAGUAUCUCUAUUUGCACAUCAUCUUUUGCACAUCUAUCAUUCCAGUGUUAAUACGAAAUUGUAACUAUUUUGCAUUAUGGCCUAUUUAUUGCCUUACCUCCAUAACUUACUACAUUUGCACACACUGUAUAUAUAUUUUAUGUUGUAUUUUUGACUUUGUUUUGUUUACCCCAUAUGUAACUCUGUGUUGUUUUUAUCGCACUUCUUUGCUUUAUCUUGGCCAGGUCGCAGUUGUAAAUGAGAACUUGUUCUCAACUGGCUUACCUGGUUAAAUAAAGGUUAAAUAAAAAAUAAAAAAAGGUGUCUUGGGGUUGGUUAGCCAAGUCUUUCUCAACUCCACGAUGUACAUCACAUCAAUGGAGUUGAGCGGAAACGACUGUGGCCGGACUGAACCUCCGACUACAUCAAGUUGCUGUCAGUCGAUACUUAUAUAUAUUUUUAUUCUUAAACCCUUGUGGUGUACCUAUGUUUGUUCUCUGUAGCUGCGUGCCUUUCAUUGUUUGCUGAAAUCCAUACUUUUUAAUAAAACUUUCUUCAAUUACAACCACCGGCUGUUUCCUCCUAUCAACUGACAGCAACUCGAUGUAGUCGGAGGUACACUCCGCCCACAGUCGUCGCAACCCAACUCCACAGAGAUGAGAAACCCAGCUAGGGGUUGGUGAAACUGGGAGUGCUAGGCCUGUAGCCAGUAUCACUUGCAUUAAUAUCCAAACAGCUGUGGCCCCAUGUUUCAAGGCCAAUUUGAGUCUUUGUGGUUUGACAAGUUCAUCCACGUAGAAUCAACUUUCUUUUUAAAGAAGGAUCUUAUUUGGACCGGAAAGUAUUGAUGUACCUUGGACCUCCUGUAAAACUAGAUUUGAAAGACAGUCCUCUUUUGUUCUGUGUAGUAGCCAAUGCUCCCUUUACAUUGUGUAGGAGGUCAGACAGUCUCCUGUUGCCACUGCAAAUUGAGCUAUAAUUGGAAGAGCUGAUUACUGUUUGGCAACAAGAAUUGCUGAGGCAAUUGCUCGGGGGGUAACAGAUGCAAGCUGAAGAGGCCUUGAAUUGCACCGUAGACGAUCGAAGUCAUAGCCUAGUUAAAAGGGCAUGUUUUUGUCUUGGUACUUGGUUCUUUCACAUAUAGACCUCAACUGUCCAUAGUUCAGACAUAGCUGAUGUCUGUUUAGCUUAAGGAAUUAGGCUAUUAUGUCAACUUUGAUUCUGGCUCCCACCAAUACCAACAUUGACAGUACCAACAAUACCAAUUAUUAACUUGAAUUAGGUUUUGUGGUGGCAGUUUUUUGUGAUAAAUCAAUGUUGAAUUGUGGAUGUUUAUCCCUGAUCUGUCUGGCUUUAUGUGUCUGUUCUGCAGGGGUACGAGCGCACGCCCAGACAAUACCGGAAUGGACAUCACCGCACGCUGCACACUGGGUGACCCCAACAAGCUCCCAGAGGGUGUGCCCCAGCCGGCACGCAUGCCCUAUGUGUCGGACAAGCACCCUCGCCAGACGUUAGAGGUCAUCAAUCUGCUACGCAAGCACAGGGAACUGUGUGAUGUCGUGUUGGUGGUUGGCGCCAAAAAGAUAUAUGCCCACCGGGUGAUCCUGUCGGCCUGCAGCCCUUACUUCAGGGCCAUGUUCACAGGCGAGCUGGCCGAGAGCCGGCAGACUGAGGUUGUGAUCCGGGACAUUGACGAGCGGGCCAUGGAGCUUCUCAUUGACUUUGCCUACACCUCGCAGGUUACUGUAGAGGAGGGCAACGUGCAGACGCUGCUGCCCGCCGCUUGUCUGUUACAGCUGGCCGAGAUUCAGGAGGCUUGCUGCGAAUUUCUCAAGCGUCAGUUGGACCCCUCCAAUUGCCUGGGUAUCCGUGCAUUUGCUGACACCCACUCCUGCCGCGAGCUUCUGCGGAUAGCUGACAAGUUUACACAGCACAACUUUCAAGAGGUAAGGUGGUCUCUCUUUUGCAUACAUAUGAUUCUCUGUGCACUCACUCUCUGAGGCACAAUCUUUAAUCUGUUUAUUUGAUCAUUUAGAAAAUGUCGCUUAUCUUACCUCUCUGCUUAUAAGAGGAACAUUUUUGUUUUAGGAUUAGUUUAGCUAUUCAAUUGAAAAUCCACACUGGUUACCCUAAUUUUAGCCCCACAGCCUGACAAUAAAGUUAACCUAAUCCCUUUUCUACAUUGUAUCUUCUGUUUUCUUUACACACAGUUGAGUAUUUCCAUUAAGUUAAAUCCCCAUGUUAUUAUUAUCCUCAGGAAAUAACUGCCAUGGAACUUUCAGAAUUUUCAAAUGUGAAUUAGAUGCUAGAUGCUGCUGCCAGUUUAACUUUACUGCCUUACCAUGCAUAAUUAUAUUGAGCACAGACCCUGUCUUUUUUUUGGCUUUUAACAGGUUUCAACUGAUGAAAGGAUGACUGAAGUCGUUUUGCUUACUUUGCCCUCAGGUGAUGGAGAGUGAGGAGUUCAUGCUGCUUCCAGCCAACCAGCUGAUAGACAUAAUCUCCAGCGACGAAUUGAAUGUGCGAAGUGAAGAGCAGGUUUUCAACGCAGUCAUGGCCUGGGUCAAGUACAGCAUUCAGGAGCGCCGGCCACAGCUGCCACAGGUGAUACCUGCAGUGUAAACACUUGAUCAGUUCAUAGUAUGAGAUAGAAUGUUGUUUUCCAUUACUCAAUAAACGUUAUACACAUCUUUUAGUUUUAAUUCAGAAAGGAAAUGUAAGACAUAAGACUAGCGACAGUGUAAAACCGAAAAUGCUUGUGUGUUUGAUCCUUGAUUCAGGAUAUGUUUUCUGGUUGUAGGUUCUCCAGCACGUUCGUCUUCCUCUUCUGAGCCCUAAAUUCCUGGUGGGAACGGUGGGAUCAGACCCUCUCAUCAAAAGUGAUGAGGAGUGCAGAGACCUGGUUGAUGAGGCAAAGAACUACCUCCUCUUGCCCCAAGAGCGACCUCUAAUGCAAGGGCCAAGAACACGGCCCCGGAAGCCCAUCCGGUGUGGAGAAGUGCUGUUUGCAGGUUAGUGUCUUAGAACUGUUUAACCUUACAGCAUUCUUUCAGUACGUGUGUCUGAUCACAUCUGCUUUCAAAAGGUUUUCAAAAUAACAGUCAUGCCUAGUUUGGCCAACAUAAUGUCCAUUGAAUAUACAAAAUAUUCCGUAGGGUUAGAAGAGACAAAGUCCUACAAAGUGUUGUAUUUCCUCUUUCAUAUUCGAAGUUGGAGGGUGGUGCAGUGGGGAUGCCAUUUCCAGUGUGGAGCGAUACGACCCACAGACCAACGAGUGGCGCAUGGUGGCUUCCAUGAGUAAGAGGCGCUGUGGAGUGGGGGUCAGUGUCCUUGAUGAUCUUCUCUAUGCUGUCGGCGGCCAUGACGGGUCUUCAUAUCUCAACAGUGUGGAGAGGUUAGCAUUUCCUUCCCUGUUUCUAAAACAAUGUCCAUAUGUCACCACCUCGUUAAUGUUUAUUUAUAGGGCCUCGUCCCAAAUGGCACUCAGUCUCCUACUGUAUAUAGUGCACUACUUUUGACCAGGGUCCAUAGGGUUCUGGUCAAAGUAGUGCACUAUAUAGGAAAUAUUGGAACACACGCCAGAUCUUAUCAAGAGGCUUAUCUUCCUUUCAUUGUUUAACCUCCUUAUCUUACUGUACUGAACUCACUCUCCACAACAGGUAUGACCCCAAGACCAAUCAGUGGAGUAGUGAUGUGGCUCCCACCAGCACGUGCAGGACCAGUGUGGGUGUGGCUGUCCUGGGAGGGUAUCUGUACGCAGUAGGGGGCCAAGAUGGAGUAUCAUGUCUCAACAUUGUUGAAAGGUUACUAUACAGUGUGUUCUAUCAUGCUGAGGCAAAGACAAAUCAUCUUGCAUCCUAAAAUAUCACAGAAAGCUGACUCCUCUGAGUAAUGUGACUGUAUGCAUUAUCUGUUACAGAUAUGACCCCAAGGAGAACAAAUGGACGCGCGUGGCCUCGAUGAGCACCAGGCGCCUGGGUGUAGCCGUGGCUGUACUGGGGGGCUUCCUCUAUGCAGUGGGAGGCUCUGAUGGCACGUCCCCUCUCAAUACAGGUACAGAUGAAUUACUUAGAAAACAGUACAGUAGCUUUCAUUGGUCAGCAUGUCACUAAAAGGGUGUAUACUACUUUAUUUAUUUAUACUUAUAAGUCACAUGAGAAGCUUCAGAGAUCCUAGGAAAAGAGAUCCUAGAAUCACAUAAAUGUCCACAAAGUUCCCUACAGAGAUCUGGAUCGUAUUAGUUAGGAGGGACUACCUGAACAUGUCCAAUAAGAAACACUUAUUGUUUUCUUGCUACGUUUUGCUACAGUGUACCCUAAUGAAUAUGACCCUGCUCUAACCCCCCCCCAUCUUACCCAUGCGUGUUUGCGUUGCUCUUUUGUGAGCACAGUGGAGAGGUACAAUCCUCAAGAGAACCGAUGGCACACUGUCUCUCCCAUGGGCACCAGGAGGAAACACCUAGGCUGUGCAGUGUACCAAGACAUGAUCUACUCUGUAGGUGGUCGUGACGACACCACCGAGCUGAGCAGCGCUGAGCGCUACAACCCCAGGACCAACCAGUGGUCACCUGUUGUAGCCAUGACUUCAAGGCGUAGUGGGGUCAGUCUGGAUCUCUUACAUUUGACUUUUGUUUGGUUUGGGUGCUUUAUUUUAGGAUAAGCAUGCAAAGUGUUGGGAUGAACUAGAUGAAAUUUGGAAGAAUAGGAAAUUAAUCAAAUGUUGCCUUUCACCUGUUGAUGUUUGGAGCAUUGGUUGUCUUGCAGGUUGGACUAGCGGUGGUAAAUGGCCAGUUAAUGGCCGUGGGCGGCUUUGACGGGACAACAUAUCUUAAAACAAUAGAAGUCUAUGAUCCUGACGCUAACACAUGGAGGUAGGUGACUGCAUGUAGCAGGUUACUUAAGACGGAUUACCCUAAGAGUGCUUGUGUUGAACCUGAGAGAACCUUUUAUUCAUUUUCUUCUCGUCCUCCAGACUCUACGGUGGAAUGAACUACAGGCGACUUGGAGGAGGGGUUGGUGUUAUCAAAAUGACUCACUGUGAAUCCCACAUAUGGUAACACCUCCAGUUUAAAGGCCUCACCGUCACUUGUGCCUCUGAAAGAAACAAUGUUUAUCAUGCAAGGAAGGAAGACUGAGACUAUACUAAAUGUAACUCAUCCACAGCCGUGUAAUUGGCAAGCUAAGGAAAUGUCUUGAGUGACUCUACAAGAUGUCAAGUCUGGAAGGCUUCUCAUCUAGUAGCCUAUGGUUCAUCGCUCUAUUCUGUACUUCCUGUAUUAUGACUUGACACGCCAAGCCAGCCAAGGCCAAGAGGAACCAACUGAAUAGGCCUGCAUCAAUCACAUGAGGAACUAUUAUUUAUGACAUCACGGAGGCAAACACUUCAUUUCCCCUUUUUCUGUUAUUGAAAUGGGAUUCUGCAGCUGCACUUUAGGAGACAGUUCAGACUUGCUGUGUGACCUGUUAUACUAUACCAACGUUGAGUUUCCAUUUAAAUAUUAAAUGGGGCAUGAUGAAGAAUCUUCAAAGAGAACUGUUGUUUAACUGAAAAUGUAGGAUGUGGUCGCAUCGCUUCUCCUGAUCCUCAUCGUGAAUAGUUGAUGAACUUGUUAGGCAGUUGUUUGAAUCUCCUCUAAAUUGAAUGCACUGUGAUUAUGAUUAUUGUCUAAUAUUUUUCUAUUUUUUAGCUGUUUUUAUUAGAGGUGGACACUGAGCAUAACCUGGAGUUCUACAUUCACAUCUGGGCGUCAAUUGUAAAAUUAAAAUAUUAAAUUGUUGGUCGACUAAGUUGUUAGCACUGUGCUGCUUACACAAUAUUACACUGAUUAUACCAAGUAUUAGGAACACCUUCCUAAUAUU